AUGACACCCAGAAUGCGUUAUGACUCUCAAAUCAACGGGUUUAAUCCCGAAAUAUUUAAUAAACGAUUGCGCACACAUGACCACGUGUUUAUUGUUUUCCAAACAACGAAAAAUCGAGUGAUAGGGAUAUUUGUAGAGUGUCCAAUCCCCGAGUGUUCACAAUCGAACUCACAUUUCUUAAUAAGUGAGGGGAGGCACUACGUCUUCUUAUAUGACGGGAGAGGGUUUUUAAAGUUUGAGAUGAGUAAUACACGGAAGAGCAUUUCGAUUGAGUGUGCGAAGUCGAAAAUAUUUAUUGGACUCUUCCAGUCGUUCCGAGUGUUAUUGUCUGGUGAUAUAGAAGUUGCGAACGACCAACAUUUUGAAGAGAAUUAUACGGGGGUCUAUCAAAUUGAAGAUUUCUUGGGAGUGACAGCGGGAGAGAAGUGUAAGGCGGAGAGAAUUAUGGCGUUUAAUUUACAAUUCAACCCAUCGCCGAGAA